UGAUUAAAAUUGUUAUUCUCACAAUUUUAAUUGUUUAAUUGUCAUUAUUUUCAUCAUGGUUGCUUCUUCCAAGGUUACACGUGUCAUUGAUCGAAGGGAUGUCCACCCAUUGUUGCAAAUGCUUCGACAAUGGUUUUAUGGUAGACCUUACAAAAGUCAAACAAGAUGGAGGGAAGAUUUAUCACCCAAACCAGCUGAUCCUUUAAAGAAGUAAAAAGAACCAAAUUGGUUUUGGAAAAAACAAAAUGUUCGAUGAUAGAAAUCAAACCAUUGAUCAUUCUAACAUUUUCUUUCAUCAUGUACACAAUGGUAGUUAAUCUAAAAAAAAUGGUUAUUGUAAUCUGAAGUAUAAUUACAAUUGAUUGUAAUUAAAAGCAAAAUCCAAAUUAAAAGACUAAAUAAUUUAACCUUUUAACUGAAUUUUGUCUGCGCCUGUGCAUCGGUUCAUGUGUUGGUUACGUGGUUAAAGUUAACAUUUUCAUUGUGAUGUUCAGUUGAUUGUCCCAAUUUUGUUGUCACUUAAAUGUUUCAAUUUCUAAUUGUGAUUAGAUUUUCUAAAUUCUAUCAAAUCAACCAAGAGAAUGUAACACUUUCCAUCUCCCGUGGCAAUUAAUUCCAAUUGUUUUCCAAUUGAUUGUUUCAACCAUUUACAAAGAAAUCAUGUCAACACUUUUAAAUAAUCAAUUACUGGUUAAAUCUUAUUCUUUACUAAUUACUUAACUAACUUAAUUUCUUCCAAUCAAAAGUGAAUCCAAUUUAAAUGGUUUACCUUGUGAAUAUCCAACCAGAAGAAAUAAUUUCAUCUCAUAAAAAAUUCUUAACCAUCAGUGUAAACAAUUGGCAAUUGGUUUUCUCUAUACAAACAGAAUAAGAAAAUUCUAUUCUCAUCUCAACAUAAUCACCAUCAUCACCAACCUAAAGGAAUAUUCUACUUUGUUAUUUUUCGUUGUUAAUUCUAUUCUACAAUCUCUUAUUUACACAAUUCUAAAUAAGAUGAGAAUGUUGCCAAAAAAUGAGCUCAUCAUUGUGAUAUUAUGUAUAUUGUGGUACACCGUUUCCUCGAGCAAUGCGAUCGUCAGUAAAACCAUUUUAUCUCAUUUUCCAUUCCCGAUGACAGUUUCCAUUGUACAAUUAUCGUCAAUCUAUUUCUUCCUUAAACCAAUUCUCAUGUAUCUCAAAGCAAGUGAGAAACAAGUAACAUUUGAGAGGCGAUAUUUUUGGAGAAUGAUAAUUCCUCUGGCAUUGGGUAAAUUUGCUGCUGCUCUCUCAUCACACAUCUCAAUUUGGAAGGUUCCAAUUAGCUAUUCACAUACAGUCAAAUCAACAAUGCCAUUGUUUGUAAUAUUUUUGUCUCGGUUAAUCAAUGGAGAAAAACAGUCAACCAAAGUCUAUCUAUCAAUCAUCCCAAUUGUCGUCGGUGUUUCCAUUGCAACCGUAACUGAAUUAAACUUCAAUGCAAUCGGAUUAACAUUUGCACUUCUAUCAGCAUUUAUCGUCUCCCUGUUGAAUAUAUUUUCCAAGAACGUGAUGAAGGAGAAACCAGGUCUCCAUCAUUUAGCUCUUCUCUCAAUCAUCUCUAAAUACGCAUUCAUAAUCUCAAUACCAACCUGGAUUUACAUGGAUGUAUUCACGAUAAUUAAAACAUCAAAUGAAAGUCCACCCCAUUUAUAUGGUUAUCUAAUUCUGGAUGGUUUUCUCACCUCUCUUCAGAAUAUAAUUGCUUUCACUGUUCUCUCCCUGGUUUCACCUUUAACCUACAGUGUUGCCAAUAGCUCCAAGAGAAUUGCAGUUAUAAUUGUUAGUCUAAUUACGAUGAAAAAUCCGAUAACCUUUACUAAUCUAUUCGGUAUGUGUACUGCUGUAACGGGUGUCCUAUUGUAUAAUAGAGCCAAACAUGAGCAGAAUGUCAUAAAACACAGUUUACCUGUUUACUCAAAGAUGAAUGGCUCAAUCAAUGGUUCAGUUAACGGUUCAAUUAACGGUUCCAUCAAUGGUUCAACGGUUAAUGGAAACGCUUUACUCAAUAAUGGUUUAAUGAUGAACGGACAUAAAUCCUAUGGACCCACUUAUGUGCGCUAUUAUUGACCGAUAAUUAAUAGUUAUGAUACUUAAAUUGUAUUCUCUGUACCAUAUAUUAUAUAUAUAUAUACACUUCUCAUGAUACAGAAAGAAUCAUGUUCUGUGUUCAUUGUGAAAGAGAAAAGAAUUUUUUUUUUCGUUAAUUAUUGUAAUUUAAAUUGAAAUUUCGAGCAAAUUGUUUCUUGUUUUUCUCUCGCAACUUUGUGAUUAUGUUUUAACUAAAUAGUCCAAAAAUCAUUUGCAAUAUUUACAUUGUUUACCUGAGAGAAAAGUAUCUCCAGAAUAAUGAUAUUCUCAUUUGACCAGGAAAUUAAAUUUAAGAAUAAAAAUUAACUCACAAUUAGUGUUAAUUUUUUAUUUGCAAUUCGAAAA